AUGUGCAAGUUUGAGAUUGACAUAUUGGGUGUCUACGAGGCACCAAAUACUCAUCCUGUAAUAUCCAAAAAAGGAAGUGAUGCAUGGUGGUACAUGUCAGUGGAGGAUCUACUCCCAGAAAAAUACCGUGAUAAGGCAUCAGAUUAUCAAAAAGGAUAUGAUACAAUGGAUGUUUGGUUUGAUUCGGGCUCUUCUUGGGCUGCUGUGUUGGAGAAAAGAGAUGGCCUUAAUUACCCUGCAGAUUUGUACCUUGAAGGUACAGAUCAACAUCGAGGAUGGUUCCAAAGUUCUUUGUUGACUAGUAUUGGUACAAGAGGAAAAGCUCCAUAUGCUUCUGUUAUAACACAUGGAUUUGUGCUAGAUGAGAAAGGUUUAAAGAUGAGCAAGUCUUUGGGCAAUGUCGUGGAUCCAAAUAUUGUCAUUGAAGGAGGGAAAAACCCCAAGGAGUCACCUGCUUAUGGAGCGGAUGUACUGCGGCUUUGGGUUUCAAGUGUAGAUUAUUCUGGUGAUGUACUGAUUGGGCCUCAAGUCCUCCGUCAAAUGUCUGACAUAUAUAGGAAGCUUCGUGGCACAUUGCGAUAUCUAGUGGCAAAUCUGCAUGAUUGGAAACCGGAUAAUGCUGUUCCGUAUUGUGAUCUUCCUAAAAUCGACCAGCAUGCUCUCUUCCAGCUUGAAAAUGUUGUAAUAAGCAUCAGAGAGUGCUAUGAAAACUAUCAGUUCUACAAGAUUUUCCAGAUCAUACAACGGUUUGCCAUUGUAGAUCUAUCAAAUUUCUACUUUGACGUUGCUAAAGACCGACUUUAUGUUGGGGGCACUGCAAGCUUUACAAGGAGAAGUUGUCAAACAGUUCUUGCAGCUCAUCUUCUCUCUAUUGUUAGAAUAAUUGCUCCGAUAUUGCCUCAUUUAGCUGAGGAUGUGUGGCAACACCUUCCCUUUGAGCAUGCCAUUGAAGAUGGUUCACUUGCCAAAUUUGUUUUUGAGGCAGGAUGGCCAGAUCCAGAUGAAAGAUGGCUUGCCUUGCCAGUUGAAGACAUUGAUCUCUGGGAGAAAGUUCUUGAGCUAAGGACCGAGGUGAAUAAGGUUCUAGAAACUGCUCGUGGUGGGAAGCUAAUAGGUUCUAGUCUAGAUGCAAAGGUUUAUCUACACACUACAGAUGCAGACCUAGCAUCCAGAUUACAUGGAAUAUGUGUGGCCAGCAAUGAUGCAGAUGCAUUGCAUCGCAUAUUCAUAACAUCUCAGGUUGAAAUCCUUGCUUUGCUGGAGAAUGAACUGAUCGAUAGCAUUGCAUACAAGGGAGAACAUCUAAUUCAAGGAAAAAGCAGAGUUUGGAUUGGUGUCUCUCGUGCUGAGGGUUCAAAAUGUGAAAGAUGCUGGAACUACUCAACAAAAGUCGGCUCCUUCCCUGAGCAUCCUACCCUUUGUUGCCGUUGUUAUAAUGUUGUUAACAUCCAAUCGGCUCCUGAUAUGGCAGCAGUUUGCUAAGUCUUCAAAGGCUGAAGGUGAAAAGGUGACAAACUACCGAGAAUUCUGUGAUUUGAGUGGCUAAAAUUCUUUUUUUCCCCUCACAUUCAAGAUCUUUUCACAAGUGGAGCCCUCAAAUCUGCCCUAAUAUGUGAUGGAGUUAUUCAUGUUAAAGGAUUCUCUUCGGAAGUGGAAAGCUCCGAAAAUUGCCAUGUUAUGUGACAAGAGUUGUCUCUUCAAGGCAAAUGAAGUCAUCUAGACUGCAUAACAUGCUUGUGUAGAUUAACAGCAAAAUUAUUCGGUGCCGUCAAUUUUUUUACCAUUACCCCCAUUAAAAUGUGUAUCACAGAUAUUUAAAUGAUUUUGCAAUAUAUCCAAUAAAAUGUCUAGUUUGUGACUUUUUUGUAA